AUGCUGCUGAGCACGAAGCCGCUGGAGCAGCAGCCGGGCGACAUGCUACGGGACAAGGAAAAGGUAUUUGCUGCUGCUGCUGCUGCUGCUGCGAAGUACAAGCAGCAGCAGCAGCAGAUGCAGCAGCUACAGCAAGCAGCGACGCAACAGCUGCUGCGCUCCCUAGGCAUCGCAGAGGAGUCGCCGCAGCAGCAGGAACAGCAGCAGCAAGAGCUGCAGCAGCAGCAGCAGCAGCAGCAGCAGCAGCAGCAGCAGCAGCAGCAGCAGCACAGACUCUGGGACGGAGUCCACGCAGACAGCCGCCUCUUAGAGUUUUUGGAGCAGCGGCUUGAGAGACUGCGGGAGCGCCGCCCAGCAGCAGCAGCAGCAGCAGCAGCACGGGAAGCAGCAGCAGCAACAGCAGCAGCAGCAGGCGUGACGCGGCUGCCGGGGGGAGGCCUCGUGCGCAUGUUUGACUGCAAAGGACUGGAGACAGAAAGAGACAAAAAAUUAAAUUCAAAUAAAAGCUUUAAUUCCAAUUCUUUAGAAGCAGCAGCAGCAAGAGAGGCGCUGCAGCAAGCCCACGUGCUGCUCGACAGCAGCAGCAGCAGCAGCAUCGCCCCAGCUAGCGAAGGGCCUCUUGAGAAGCAGCUGUGGCUAUUUGAAAAGGAAUGA